AUGCCCAAAAGGAAAAGAGAUGGGUUUGAGGCGCCCGCCAGUGAUGCAGACGGUGUAGAUGGCGCUGUCGGCAUUCGUCAGCACAGAGUGCAACACAAGCUCGACUAUGCCCAUAAGCAACUCGCGCGUGCCUUCAAAACGGCAAAGGGCUUUGAGGCGCAAAAGUCUGGAAGACGGCGCAAGACUGCCACUGCAAAGAGCGACGACAAAGACGUCGCGCGCAUAGAAGCCGAGACUGCUGCUCUGAAGACGCUGGACCUCUCCGCUACCGCGCGCAACUACCUCUACAAGUCUUUGAUCAAGUUCAAGGCAGUUGCCGAUUCGCCCGAUUUGCCCAAGGCCGUAUUGUCCCCUCCUCCUCCUAUCAACGACACCGCCAAAGCCAACGUCAUUGCCCGACUCUGCAACUCAAACCCUGUCAAAGAAGCUCUCCCUCCCUUACUCAAGGACAUUCAACGCGCCCUUGGGAUCGAGCCCAAAGAUGUUAAAGAAGGAAAGAAGAGGCUGAGAGCCAAAGACAUUGAGAAGCAGAAACAGGAGGAACAAGCAAAACAACCAACCAAGAAACCACAACCUCCUGCGGAGCCCGAGUCUGGCGAUGUGAGCAUGGGAGAAUCCGACGACGAAAACGACGCCCCGGAACUCACACAUCGUCAACUGGGUAGUGGCAGUGAGGACGAAUUUGCAGAGUUCGACGACAGACUUGCUGGUUCAUCUGACAGCGAAGACGAAGAAGAGGAUGACAACGAUAUAGCCCUCAAGAAAGGCAAGGCAUCACGUGCGGCAGCAUUACGAGCUGCUCUUGGUGACAUUUCCCAAUCAGCAUCCGUUUCUCCUUCGCCAUCACCUUCGCGUUCACCCUCUCCCGAAUCAGACUCUCCGGAAGCUAGAAAGACCAAACCUGGCACAUCAGCGUUUGUACCUUCUCUUACCAUGGGCGGGUACUGGUCUGGUUCUGAAUCAGAAGCCGAGGAUUUCGAAGAUGCACCACAAAAGAAGAACCGUAGAGGUCAACGAGCACGUCAAGCUAUUGCGGAGAAGAAGUUUGGCAAGAAUGCAAAGCAUCUGCAGAACCAGGAAAAAGCAGGCAAGAAUGAUAGAAAUGCUGGAUGGGAUGCCAAACGCGGAGCGACAGAUAGAACGGGUCCACGUGGUGCUCGUGGUGCACCAAGAGGCCGCUUUGAAAGGCCUGGUCAGGACCGUGUUAGAAACAACGCCGCCGAACCUCCCAGAAAGAAACACAGAGAUGACCAGGGCUCGUUGCAUCCCUCAUGGGAAGCCGCGAAGAAGGCCAAGGAGGCAAAGAAGGUCACGGCGGCCUUCGAAGGCAAGAAGAUUUCCUUUGACUGA